AUGAAGACCAAGAGAAAAGUUGACAUUCAAACAAUCGUAGAAUCGCCUGAAGUUUACAUUGUCGCCAGAUCGAGCAGUUCAGAUGUAGAGCAGCUGUCGUAUAUAGAAACAAGAUUUGAAUGCUUGGAAGAAAUUAGCUUGCCAUUACCAAAUGAAAAUGGAGAGGAAAUAAUUGAUAUUAUGCGUUUCUUUCAUGGUGACAACCCAGCCCAGCAAUACGAGUGUGGCCAACAAAAGGGGGGCCACUAUUACUGUUCCGUCUGUGGAGUACACGCAAACCGUGUGUAUGAACUGGAUUACAGCUAUUGUUGCACGCACAUGUCGUUGAGUGACAGACAAAAGUUGAUUUUGGAAGGUGCCAUUUCUCGGCAAAAAACAUUGGCAGGAAAUAGCAAACCAGUUCACCAAUUGAAGAAGCCUGAGUUACUACAGGAGUUAAAUAGUAGGAAGAUCUAUGAGGGGGAAACACAAGAAGAUUUGAAAAGGUUGUUGACUGAUGAACUUCAUGGGGUUCAGAGAGUCCCAGCUCUUCUCUACACUAAUCCAUUGGCUAGUUUAGCUUCAAUUAACUGCGACAAGUAUGAAAUAUUACCAUUUGAACCGCUACAUGAUGUGGGAAAGCAUAUUGAAAAUAUUCUUGUUGAGUUGCCCAUGCAUGUUUCACCUGAAGAAGCAACAAUGAUCACUGAAACAAUUGAACUCUGCCUUGGAAAGAAAGAAACAAAACGAUGCUUUGACUACCGAUGUACUCUGAUUACGGUUACAAAUCGUGUAAUUGGCAAGGUUUCCCUGGAAGUACAGAGGCUGUUACAAACCUUGGUGGAAAUACAGGCCAUCGCAUAUGGAAGAGAUGAGAACUGUUCACCUCAGAGUGUUCUAAGAUUCCACAAUCUGACAUGGCUACAUGCAUUUCUAUGUUGGCAAGUUAUUGGCUACCAGACAAAGAAGAUGACUUGUCGAAAAUUUUGUGGCGUCUAUUUUCACAAAUUAUCGGCCCAUGCUGCUAUCCAAAAUCGCCUCAUUAGUGGAAAAUCUUGUCAUGCAGAAGAACAAGAAAGAGUUUUCAAUGCAGUUACCAACAUCACUCGGUCCACCUCAUCCUACAAACCGGAUCAUAUUAUUGGGAAUGUCUUGCUUCGAAUCCAAGCUGAGAAGAAAUUGGGGGAGUACCAUUCUGAGAAUACAAUUGAUCAGCAGCAAAAUCACAUUUCCAAACUGGCUAAAUCACUUCCCUCUCUUGGCAACACUGUUGUUCCUUUCAGCAUUAUAACACGUCAUUCUAAAUCUUGGCAAACUCAUUUGGAGAGGAUAAGUGACUUUCUUAUGUUUGGCAGAGGUGUUUGGUGGACCAGCAAUGAAGAAGGUGAUGUGGAAUUUUUUGACAGCAUGCAAUCCGGAGUAGAUUCAAGAUCUGAAGGUCCAAAGCUUCAUCAUUUUCGAUCAAGUAACUUCAAAGAAGAAGAAGACCACCUACAUAAGUGCUGGUCUGUGUGCAUCGAAAAGAAAAUUCUGUUACCUCUUCAUGUGCUGCGGUUGAAAGAUGCCACUACAGAUACCUUUAUCCCUACCCAGACCCAGUUCCUGAAAAAUCAAGAAUUGUCAGAUGAUGCUUCCAAUGAUGCCAAUAUGGAAGAUGAAGCAAAUAGUGAACACAUAGGAGAGAUCGCAAUUAGUACACCCGAAGAACACAGUCAAAACUGUUUUGAAAGUGUUGGUAAAAAUGACCAUUCUCAUGAGGAUAUUGUUCAAUAUAACCUGAUAAUGCCCAUGCCUGAAGAUGAUUUGAGAGAAUCAAUGUUAGAAGACCCUCCAGUGGACACUGCACAUAUGACAGCUGGUAAGUUUUAGAUAAUUAAUGUUAACAAAAUAUAUUAGGACAUUAUAGUUUUGACUGUUAUGUACAGUAGGGGGUGCACCGGAAACCAAUUUUUUAAGUUCCGGCCGGAACCAGAUCUGGAUCUGCAAUAUAUAGUCAUAUGUUACUUUGUCUGCUGCCAGAAAAGCAGACACUUCAAGUCAUCAAGGAGAAAGCUCGCAAAUGGUAGAAUAAAAAGAUUGACAAAUGUUAAACGUCAUAAUGAAGUGUUAAUUGUGUAUAUUUUCCUUGUGUAACAGUCAAAAUUUCUCCCUACUGUGAACUUUUGUCAGACACAAAAACGUUUGAUAUUCUGAAAAUAACAGAGUUCCGGUUUCGAUCAUGCUUUUUUAUUAGUUCCGGCCAGAACCAGAGCUCUGAAAAAUAGGGGUUCCGGUGCCCCUCUACUGUUAUGUUCUACCAUAAUAUUAUGAUAACAAUCAUAUUAAAGCUGUUCUUUCAUAUUUAGCGCAAGAGGAUGUUCAAGCUGUAAAUGGCACAAGUGAAGCUCAAAUCAGCAAAGACCCUUUAAGUGCUAAUAAAGAACAAUGGCACACUAAAUUGGGCUCAACCCUGGCAUAUGUUCUUGGAAAUACAAAUGAAGUCAUUGAACUUGAUCAUGUCAGAAAAAAGGCCAAGGACCAACGACAGGAUAAGUUUUUGCUGGAUAGCUACAUGUAUAAACUUGCGGUGAUUCAAACAAAA